CUCUCGGGAGGCUGGAUUAGCCACAAGUUGUGGUGAACCAGGGUAAAUUCGGUGUGCCUCUUACUCUUCUCUUUACAUAUCUUUUAAUUUUUUAAUUCCUGCGAUCUCUACAAUCAAACGCUAUUCACCCCCCCUCUAGCGUUGGUUUAUUAUUCUAACAAUUGGUAUCAGAGCCUAACUCGCGUCCAAACUUAACCGUUUGAGAGUAAAGCGAUCAUGGGUUCUUCUUAUAGAAAUCUUUAUGCAGGAAUUGGAGAAGGUCAAUCAACCUCUAGGCCACCGCUGUUUGAUGGCACCAACUAUACAUAUUGGAAAGAGCGGAUGAGAAUCUAUAUCCGCUCAACCAACGUCCAGUUGUGGUUGGUCAUCAAAAACAGCGAAGAAACGCCAAUGAAGAAGGUCGGUGAAAAACUCAUCCCAAAGACCGAGGACGAAUUUGAUGCUGAGGACAUCAAAAAGGUGGAGAACUACGCCAAGGCAAUUGACAUGCUGUACUGCGCGGUCAACCCAGAUGAUUAUUGCAUGAUCUCUUGCUGCACCACUGCCAAAGAAAUGUGGGACAAGCUGGAGGUCACAUAUGAAGGUACGGACCAAGUUCGGGAAGCCAAAAUUGACUUCCUAACGCAGGAGUACGAAAUGUUUAGGAUGAAGGAAGGCGAAAAGAUCAAUGACAUGUUCGAUCGGUUCUCAAAGAUCAUCAACUACCUUCACGCUCUCAAGAAGACUUACGCCAACAAGGAUCUCGUGAGAAAAAUCCUGCGGAGUCUCACACCUGAAUGGAGAUCAAAGACGGACGCAAUCUACGAAUCCAUCGGAGUCGCAAAUGUCACCAUCGACGGGCUAAGAGGUAACCUCAAAACUUAUGAACCCACUAUUCUAACCCUGUCUUUGGAUGAACAAAAGAAGAAAGGAAUAGCGUUGAAAGCAACCAAGGAGACCGUGGAAGAAGUCUCAAGCGACGACGACAACGAGUUCGGACUCGUCAUCAAGAAAUUCCACAAAUUCAUGAAAAAGGAAUUUGAGCGCAAAGGAAGAAAGCACGAAGGUCCCCCAAAGUGCUAUGGCUGUGGCGAAAUAGGCCACAUCAAGCCGAGGUGUCCAAAAGGCAAAAGCGGCAAGGACAAACCUGGCUUCAAAAAGCAACGUGCCUAUAUCUCAUGGGGUGGCGACUCCGGCGACGAGUCAACUGACCAACAAGAGGAAGAAGCCGCCAACCUCUGUCUCAUGGCACACGAAGACCACGCCGACGAAGAACAAGAGGUGUGCUUGAAGGCGUCGAGUGUACUUUGGUACCUUGAUAGCGGAUGCUCCAAGAACAUGACCGGAGAUGCAUCCAAGUUCCUACAAAUCAAACCCGCUAAAGGAGGAAACGUAGUCUUUGGAGAUAAUAGCAAGGGAAAAAUUAUCGGUGUCGGUUCAGUAGAUUCACUAGAGAGGAUACACAUCGAAGACAAUGAAGAGAACACGGGAAUAUACACCAACACGCAGCCGCAAAUUGGGGAGAUGCCUCAAGCAACUAACCAAGAGCUGCCCACCCGCGGUGACGACAUCGCGUCGUAUGGUGGCGGCGAUUGGAUCCUCAACAACGAGGCCGUCGUCAUCCUUGAGCUCGGGAUCACCAACUUGAUCCGUCACAGCGGCGCCCCAACGAUCCACUCGGCCCCAUCGGAGAAGCGCCUCCUACUCUACAUCCUCACCCGGAUCCUCCGCCCCCGGGAUGGCAGCCACACCUCGCUCUUCAACGACGACUUGAGGGCAAUUCAUGCGAUCAUGCACGGCGCCUCCAUCAAUUGGGCGAAAUACGUCAUGAUUCACAUGACAGAUUGCUCCUCCAUUCUCCACGAGCGGAGCUUGCCAUAUGCUUUCCUCGUCAUGGACCUCAUUGUCUCCGCCGACAUCCACAUCACCGGGCCGAGCACGAAGAUGACGAAGCUUUGGGUCAUCACCGACAAUACCUUCAAGAAGAAGUCUGGAAACCGAAACGGGGUAGGCGUGGGAAUGGUUAGGGCAGUUUGUGGAGGGAUGAGGGGCAAGGUUUUGGAAGAGUUAGGAGGCAGGGGUAUUGAGAGGGUUUUGGGGUUCUUUUGGGCAGGGGUUAGAGACAAAAAAGAGGUGGUUAUUGAGGAGUAUUGGGGCAUGGGUAUUGAGGUGAUAUUGGGGACAAUUUGGGCAGUAGUUGUGGAAGGAAUUGGAGAAGGUCAAUCAACCUCUAGGCCACCACUCUUUGAUGGCACCAACUACUCUUAUUGGAAGGAACGGAUGAGAAUCUAUAUUCGUUCCACCAACUUCCAAUUGUGGUUGGUGAUAAAAAAUGGCAAAGAAACCCCUAUGAAGAAAGUGGGAGAAACCACGGUCCCAAAGACCGAAAACGAAUUUGAUGCCGAGGACAUCAAGAAGAUUGAAAACUAUGCAAAGGAGGUGAGAAAAGGUGAGAAAAUUGAUGACAUGUUCGACCGGUUCUCAAAGAUCAUCAACGAUCUUCAUGCUCUCAAAAAGACUUACACCAACAAGGAUCUCGUGAGGAAAAUCCUGCGGAGCCUCACACCCGAAUGGAGGUCUAAAGCCGAUGCAAUCUAUGAAUCCAUUGGAGUCUCCAACGUCACCAUCGACGGGCUAAGAGGUAACCUUAAAACCUAUGAAUCUACUAUUCUAACCCCGUCUUUGGAUGAACAAAAGAAAAAGGGGAUAGCUCUCAAAGCUACCAAGGAACCGGUGGAAGAGCCUUCAAGCGAUGACGACAAUGAAUUCGGGCUCGUCAUCAAGAAGUUCCACAAGUUCAUGAAGAAGGAAUUUGAGCGGAAGGGAAGGAAGCACGACGGUCCUCCCAAGUGUUACGGUUGUGGCGAGACUGGCCACAUCAAGCCAAGUUGUCCAAAGGCUAAACACGGCAAGGAUAAGCCUGGCUUCAAGAAGCAAAGGGCCUACAUCUCUUGGGGUGGCGAUUCCGGCGACGAAUCAACCGACGAAGAGGAGGACGAAGCUGCAAAUCUUUGCCUCAUGGCGCACGAAUAUCAAAGCGACGACGUCCAAGAGACCUUGCCCCUACUCGAAAGUAGAGAGGCUGUUUCCAAAGAGACCCCCGGCUCAACGUCGAAAGUUGCAUUGCUUGACUAACUGCUACUUCAUUAAUUAAAGAAGCGCAAAUAGUUUAGAUAUCCAUUUUGAUUUAUUCCAUCACACCCCAAAGCCAAAAACAGGUGAAAUUUUGGCUCCAUCGGAGAUGAUGGAAAUAAUGUGGGUCUUGUAAG